AUGCCAAGCGUCGCAUCGACCUCGACUUCAGGUUUCGACACGCUCCGACGAGAGGAUGCAUUCCGAAAUCCUUCUAAAACAGCUAAUGAAGUGCCGAUUCUACAAGAGCUCGUAGCGCCUCAUAUCGAGUCUUUCAAUGCUCUGUUUGACGACUCUAAUUUAACACUCGAGGAUGGAGACGGAAAAGGGUUAUUAUCACUAGGAAUAAAAGAUAUCGGGUCCAAGGUCGUGUUCGACGGAAGUGGAACGCUCGGAGAAUCCAGUGGUGCCGCCGGGUGGGGGAACCGGUUGUCCAUACGGAUCAGUGAUAUUGCGAUCGGACGUCCUAUGGUAUCAGACAAGGAUAGGAACGUUGUCGAGCGUCAAGUUUAUCCGUCCGAGGCUCGUGAACGGCUAACGUCCUACCGAGGGAAAUUGACCGUAAAAUUGGCAUGGUCAGUCAACGGAGGGCCAGAACAUGAAGAGUCCAGGGAUUGUGGUUUACUACCUAUCAUGGUCAGAUCAAACCGGUGCAACCUUCGAGGUCUCAGCUCUGCUCAACUCGUACAAAAGCACGAAGAACCAGAAGAAUUCGGAGGGUAUUUUAUUAUCAACGGAAACGAACGGUUAAUCCGGUACCUCAUCCUUCCUCGACGAAACCAUGUUAUUUCGAUCAUUCGAAAUUCGUUUAUGAACCGAGGACCUUCGUUCACACCCUACGGUGUCGCGAUACGCUGUGUCAGACCAGACCAAACCUCUGUCACUAACUCACUAAACUACCUCUCGAACGGAUCAGCGAUGUUGAGAUUUAGUUGGAGGAAACAAGAGUAUAUGAUCCCCGUUAUGCUCAUCCUUAAAGCGCUUGUCAGUGCAUCUGAUAGAGAAAUCUUCGAGGGAGUUAUGAUGAAGGAUUACGACAAUACUUUCUUGACGGAUCGCAUGGAGCUCUUGCUAAGGAGUUUCAAGGCAUUUAAUUUACAUACUGGAGACCAGUGUUUGGAGUACUUGGGUGACAAGUUCCGAGUUGUGCUUGGCCAACCAGAAGACCACGAUAACAUGACUCUCGGACAUUGGUUGAUCGAGAAGAUUAUCUUGGUGCACCUAGAUUCACCAAGAGACAAGUUCCGAAUGCUACUGUUCAUGCUACGGAAACUCUUUGCUCUUGUUUCUGGAGAAUGCGCGGCAGAUAAUCCUGAUUCGCCCCAGCAUCAAGAAGUUCUCUUGCCUGGAUUUCUCUAUGGAAUGAUCAUUAAGGAGCGCUUGGACGAGGCAUUGAACCAAGUUCGGGCUCAGAUUGCACAAGAUAUACGCAGAAAGGUUCCUGGUGUUGACUUUAUGGACAAUCGUUAUAUCAACAAGGUUGUGCAACGUAGCAACUUCGAGAUUGGAGCGCGGCUGGCCAACUUUUUGGCUACAGGCAACUUGGUCUCGCCCACCGGAUUGGACCUGCAACAGGCUGCAGGUUUUACGAUUGUUGCUGAAAAGCUCAACUGGUACCGAUAUAUCAGUCAUUUCAGAUGCAUACAUCGAGGCGCGUUCUUCGCCGAGCUCAAGACAACGACAGUUCGAAAAUUGUUGCCCGAGGCAUGGGGCUUCUUAUGCCCCGUACACACACCUGAUGGUGCUCCCUGUGGUCUACUCAAUCACCUCUCUCGAUCAUGUCGAAUAGUCACGCGGGAGCUCGACACAAAAUCUAUACCUAGCCUUCUAUCUUCCCUGGGGAUGACCCAACCUUUCUCGCCUUCCGUCUCUGGAAAAGUCAAUAUAUGCGUUCAACUUGAUGGGCGAAUCAUCGGUUGGGCGUCGCCCACACUGGCAAAACGUAUGGCUAACGCCUUGCGAGUCUGGAAAACUGAAGGAACGAACCGUGUCCCUAUGGAUUUGGAAAUCGGAUACGUCCCGCCCUCGAACGGCGGGCAAUAUCCUGGAUUAUAUCUGUUUUCUUCAAGGUCAAGGAUGAUGCGUCCCGUUCGGUACUUGGCCAACGGGAAAGACGAUUCAAUUGGGUCAUUUGAACAGGUCUAUAUGGAUGUUGCAAUUCGUCCUGAGGAGAUUGAAGAGAACGUAUCCACGCAUGUGGAGAUUGAGCCAACCAACUUUAUGUCCAUCCUGGCUAACUUGACGCCGUUUUCAGAUUUCAAUCAGAGCCCUCGUAAUAUCUACCAAUGUCAAAUGGGUAAACAAACAAUGGGCACACCGGCAACAGCACUCCGACAUCGAACAGACAACAAGCUCUACAGACUCCAAAGCGGGCAAACGCCUAUCGUCCGACCAGCGCUUCACAAUACAUACGGAAUGGAUUCGUUCCCCAACGGAACAAACGCCGUCGUCGCAGUCAUUUCAUACACAGGCUAUGACAUGGAAGACGCCAUGAUUCUAAAUAAAUCUGCCCACGAGAGGGGUUUCGGGUAUGGGACAAUAUACAAGUCGCUUAUUGUUGAUCUGGCGGACCAAAGGGGUGCUUCGAGGUCGACAACCCAGCCCAAUUUGCACUUUGGUUUAGGAAGGGAUGUCAAAGUAGAUGAUUCCCGAAAAGCUGUCGUGGACGAUGAUGGAUUCCCAUUCAAGGGCGCGAAAGUACAGCCUGGUGGCGUUAUUGCCGCAUACAUUGAUGACACUACUGGGAGGACAUGCUGGAUCAAGUAUAAGGGCGAUGAAACUGCAUAUAUUGAAGAAGUUCGAAUUCUAGGUAGCGACUUAGGAGAUACGGAGGCACGCAAGAUCCAGGUCACGCUCCGUAUUACCCGUUCGCCCGUUAUUGGUGAUAAAUUUUCGUCCCGACACGGACAAAAGGGUGUAUGCUCUCAGAAAUGGCCUGCCAUUGAUAUGCCAUUUAGCGAGAGUGGGAUGCAGCCAGAUGUCAUCAUCAACCCUCACGCUUUCCCAUCUCGUAUGACAAUUGGUAUGUUUGUGGAGAGUAUGGCUGGAAAAGCGGGCGCCAUGCAUGGACUAGCACAGGAUGCUACACCAUUCAAGUUCAACGAGGAAGACACUGCAAUCUCCUACUUUGGGGAACAACUCAAAGCUGCUGGGUACAACUACUACGGAAACGAACCCAUGUACUCAGGGAUUACUGGCCAAGAAUUUGCAGCAGACAUCUACCUGGGAGUCGUUUACUACCAGCGUCUCCGACACAUGGUAGACGACAAAUUCCAAGUACGAACCACAGGCCCUGUAGAUUCUGUUACUCGCCAACCGGUCAAGGGGCGAAAACGUGCUGGAGGCAUUCGGUUCGGAGAAAUGGAGCGCGACGCGCUUAUUGCACAUGGGACAUCUUUCCUGCUCCAAGACCGCUUGAUGAACUGCUCCGAUUAUUCGACGGCUUGGGUAUGCCGUACAUGCGGCAGUCUCAUCACGCUUGGGUACGAUGAUGUACGACUGGGCGAGACAGUUAUGGGAAGGGAGCAACCCAAGCCAACUGGGCCAGGCGGAGAGUAUUGUCGAGUGUGUCGGGCCGAGGCUGAAGAGGAAGAGCGACUAGCGAGGUCUGAACUGCAAAACGGCUCAGCUCCACGGCCUUCACCCCAUGAAGUACGCGUUGCGCUACCUACCCAAAAUGUGAUUGGAAGGGGCUCCAAGGGAGGGGACAUGGAUGCCGUUGCCAUUCCAUUCGUCUUUAGAUAUCUGUGUGCGGAGCUUGCUGCGAUGGGUAUUGCGGUGUCGGUUGAAGUAGGGCAGUAG